AUGUUCGGAGGCAACAAUGAAAAAGACCUCGAGGGUGAAUUAAAAAACUACGGUCGCCAACACUCCUCACCAACAGUCAUCAAAGUAGCCACUGGUCUCAAGAAGGACUUUAAUACACAAGGUAUCGGAAAGGAAGAUUCCAUCCACUCAUCCAAUUAUAUUCAAAACGAUCUCGAUGAAGCCAUCUACAAGUACGAUAUUCAUCCAUUCUCAGUCUUUGAUAAAGUUCCCGUCCAAUCAUCUUCAUCAUCCAAUAACAAUAAUAAUUCUGCUUCUAAUAACAAUUCUGGCGCCAAUGCAACUACGAUAACUUUCCCGCCACCGCCAAAAGAUUUAAGUGAUCCAGAAUUGGAUUUGUUUCAUACGUUCUUUGCCGACGCGAGAAAAAAGUACCACAACAAGGACUCUGUGUUUAGAGAGCAGUUGGAGUUGUUGACUUCGGGAGGUAAGAAGAAAUCGGAGAAGGAGAAGAUUGUGGCUAGAAGUAGUGAGCAGGUUGAUAAGGAAGGAUGGUUGGUGAAGGAAGGUAGAUUUAGAAAGAAUUGGAAGAAGAGAUGGUUUGUUUUGAGUAGUAAUACAUUGAGUUAUUAUACUGCAAAGAAGAAUAAGUUAAAGGGUAAAAUUGUUUUGGAUGGUACCCAAAUUAUUAGAUUUGCAAAAAGUAGAACUGAUGAUUUUAAAGGAUGUUUGGAGCUUUAUACACCAAAGGAUUCAACUUUCACAUCUGACGGUAUGAAUAAUCGUUUCCUCCUUCAAAUGGAUGAAGAAAGUGAAGCAUCAAGUGGUGACGCAGGAGAUGAUGACGACGAUGAUGAUGAUGCAGUUGGACGUACAUUGUACUUUGAUGUUGAAGGUGGUAGUGAAGAUGAACGUCGUUCUUGGUAUAUUGCCAUCAAUAACAAGAUUACAAUGUUGUACUAUAAGAAUUUGUGCUCUGGUUCAAUUAAUGAACAAGUUACUGACUUUUUCAAUACUAUUCACAAGAGAAAGGUCUUUACCUGUAAAUUGAAACAAGUUGAAGAUUUGAUGGCAAUCAAAGAACCACUCAAAUAUCACGAAUUUUUACAUACUCUCGUGCUGAAGAAUAAUCCAAACGUAUUGAACUUGUCAAUUUUAUGUGAAGCCCUUGUCACAAACAAGUCAAUCACAAAAUUAGAUAUUUCAGGAUGUGGACUUUCCAACUUGGAACCAUUAACACAAGUUUUACAAUCAAAUAAGACAUUGACCUCUAUUAAUUUGUCCCACAACAAUAUUGACGAUAAGCAAGUGGCUCUCUUGAGCGAAGCAUUGCCAACCUCUGGCAUGUUGAGAUUGCUCGAAAUUGAUCUCUCCUACAAUAAGAUUGGAAAUGAAGGGUGCAAGACCUUUGUCAAUGCUUUGGCAUCUCUUCACUCUGUAUUCUAUGUGCAAACUCUUAACUUACAUCAUAAUAAGAUUUCUGAUGAAGGUGCCCAAGCGGUUGCAAGUAUUCUCGAAAAGCUCAGCCCUCAAUUAACUUGCUUGGAUUUGGGUGCUAAUCAAAUUGGUAAUGAAGGUGCAACAGUAUUGAGUGAUGCCAUCAUGAAAAAUAAUUCAAAACAUAAGAAUAUCAAAUCAGGUACAAGUGAGUUGAGUAAAAUUUUGGAAAAGGAAUUAUUGGAUGAAUUAAUAUUUGGUGGUAAUAAGCUAGGUGUAAAUGGUUUGCAGUUAUUCAGAAAACAAGAUUUCCCAGAGUUGGAAAUUAUCUCCAAAUAAAUAUUGUAUUUUAUUCAAC